GAGGGGGAGGAUGCAGUCCACUUUGCCAACAGAGUAAAAUCAGCCAUAGCUCAUCAGGGAGGGCUGGUGGAUCUACAGUGGGAUGGAGGCCUGAAGAGAGCGAAGGUGAAGGAGACGUUUAAGGAGCAGCAGCAGAAGAAGUACAGCAGCAUGGUGGUCGGAGACGACAGCAACAGUGACAGCUCUUUCUCCAGUUGAACCAAUGGACCUUCUGUCGUGUUUCUYAAGAACAUUAUGGAACAAAAAGAGCACUACACUCCAGAGGUUUCACCUCAACUGAACCCAAUGCAGUAACCAAAUGGACUCGUGUGUCUCACUGGGAAAGAGGAAGCAAGCUCAAGUGCAAUAUUGAACUUUACUUUUUUUUCUUUUUUUCUGCUUAGGAUAUUGAUUGUUGCGACUAAAUAAUAAUGAAAAAAUUAAUUGGAUGAAAUCUGUGAUUAAAGACAAACAACUGGUUAAAACCAACGAAAAGCAUCUUCUAUUUGUUGUUUGUUUCUAAAUAAAUUUUAUCCAACAAAUUGCAAACCAGCUGUGAAGUUAUGCAAAGAGGAAAAACUAUUUGUUAUAUUAAAUUACACAACAUUAAACAUUUUUAUAAAAAUACUGAUGUUUAAGUGAUUUUAGCACAUUCAAUAAACUGCAACAUAAUUAACACUGA